GCACUUUUCUGCCUGUUCGCCGUUCACAUUCGCUCUGCAGAUCGGAGAGUCGUAGUGACUAGCGUGUCUCGUGCGCAAUAUUAAAACGUCUUCGUCGCAGUCCUAUCGUGUGUGUAAAUAUAAUACAUUUCAACCGAGAGUCCAUUACGUGAUAAGCGAGAGGAAGAAAAAGUGACUGCCUGGUCAAAAACAUCCCGUGUUCCUGAAAUUCUCCGUUCGCUGGCCGAAAACAUUGCUGGGACGAUACGGAGGAAACCACUUGGCAAGCUGUACCAGAUCUCUCAGAACGGUACGAGGGCUGCACGCAGAUUGUCCACUACUGCCGGCAGAGCUCGUUACACACGGGGGGAAUCCCCUGUAGAGAGUAGCUUCGGGGAAAAGGCGACGCGGCGCUUCUCGAACAUUUAUCGACGCUAUUACAAUUUAUUGUGCACUCGAUCGGUCCUGCCCAAACGGCGAUGCUGAUAAACUAGUUCAGCUUGACAUACGCUGUGCUGAACUAUCAGAAAAUCGUUCAAUCUACCACCCCGCCAAGGCGCCACUUUGAGCCGAGCGAACGAAUCGUCGACCUCUGUGUGUGCAACCACCGCUGGAGCGAUUGUAUGUUGUCAUGAAUCCUGACGAAUAUGAACAGCUGCCGACGACGAGUGUAGCUACCAAUAUGACGGCUGGAGCCAUAGCCGGCAUUAUGGAGCACUGCGUGAUGUAUCCGCUGGACUCCGUGAAGACACGGAUGCAAUCGUUAACGCACAUGCAUGCGCACGACACAAUCGUUUCGACGAUGCGUGACAUGGUCCGAGCGGAGGGUCUGCUGAGACCGUUCCGAGGUGUGAUGGCCGUUGUUGCCGGGGCGGGCCCCGCACACGCCUUGUACUUUGGAGCGUACGAGUACUCCAAGGAAGCGAUCGGGCGCGUUUCGGAUCGGCACCAGAUCAACUACAUGAUCUCGGCUGCGCUAGCAACGCUUGUGCACGAUGCUGUCUCCAAUCCAGCCGAUGUGGUCAAACAGAGGCUACAGAUGUACAACUCGCCUUACAGAUCAAUUAUGCACUGCGCACGAGUCGUUUACCAGACGGAAGGUUUUCGAGCUUUCUAUCGAUCGUACUCGACGCAGCUUGUGAUGAACAUACCAUAUUCGGCGAUACAAUUCCCGACCUAUGAAUUUCUGCAGAAGCUGCUCAACAAAGACAAUAACUAUAAUCCCCCUGUGCAUAUGGUUGCGGGUGGUGCUGCCGGUGCUGCUGCCUCGGCCCUCACGACGCCACUGGAUGUUUGCAAGACACUGCUGAAUACGCAAGAAGAUGGUGCUGGUCAAACCAGAGGUCUCAUAGAGGCGGCUAAGAAAAUUUACCGUACAGCAGGACCGCUAGGGUUCUUCAAAGGACUGCAGGCUCGAGUUCUCUAUCAGAUGCCAGCAACCGCAAUUUGUUGGUCAACGUACGAAUUCUUCAAGUACAUCCUGACGGGCGGCAGCCAAAAUCCUUUGAGAUCCAGUUCUGCGGAAAAUGUUCCCAAAACUGAACUGAUCAAAGACGAAAAGAAGCUGUCCGAUCUAAGAUACGUGUUACCUGUCAGUGCGGCUUCGGCUGAAGCGUCUGCGAGCAGUUUGAUCGUUAGAAAUGGGCCCAGUUCCGGAGCCGAACGUGAAAGUGGAGGUCGCCGCGAACUACCAGCCAUGUCUGGGGCGGGAAUCUACGGAGCAAUGAGCUACAAUACGAUGCACUCGAAUGAUGCAAAUCACAUCACUGACCACGCCACGCUACGACGGUCUAACUGAAUGACGAUGCGGCGGCGUUGCGACGACGAGAGACAGGUUGGUUUUGUUCGAAACACAAAAGUAGACACAAGCAUAAACUAUUUCUUGUUUAAAUUUACAUUUAGUUGCAUCCGCUCUUGUUUGCCGAAUUAUUUCCACUAAAAUUGAUCGUGAAUUGUCUUGCAUCCAAUAUAUAGCCCACCUCGUGCAAGAUUUGUUUUCCCCCUGAAUCCCAGUUACGUGUAACGGUUAAGAAACCCUGCCUUACCUAACGAUUUCGAAACUUUCGUUCUUCUUGCUAUAUAUGUUAAUCAUACGGAAUUGUGAUUUUAAAUCAAACCAUUUGAUUGUAAGUAAAUUUGUACGCAUUAAUUUAUGCCGGCCCCAUCGUUUUAUGUUCCUUUAUUUACUUAUUUCAUUCAUUUGGACAUAUUUGCGAUGUGUUGUGGAAGGUGGCGACAGUAGAACUAUACACCAAGAUGAGCCUAAACAAGUGACGAUAUUCGACCACAAUGCACUCUCGCGCGGCGGAUGAGGUCAUUGGCAUAACCGGCGUUAUGUUAUUGUAAAUAUAAAAUGACCUCGCGUUUUUCGUACAACAUUACGAGCAAACGAAAAAAGCCCUUUCUUUGCCUAUUUGCUGAAUGAAGCAACUUCUUAGACAACCCAUCCGCAAAGUAUGAAAGGCGGCAGCAACAAAACUGCCGGAAUUAGAUCAAUGAGGAAAAAUCAUCAAAUUGAAGUCAAUUGCAUUAUAGUCUGCAUUAGCUUAGCAAACCAUGUGAAAGUUGCACUCUUUUGGACCGAGGCCUUCACGUUUUAUUUUAUACUUCUAGUUUUUUGGCCUAUCUCUAGUGUUUUAAGUAGUGCGAUUAUUGUCACUUGCUUUUAUCUGCCAUCCAGGAAAAAAAUAACAUCAUGCUAUUCUCCAUUGUCGCCAGCUAUCUGCAAAUCGAAAACAGAAGCAAAUAAGUUGUAGUAGUAGAGGCAAUCUAAUUUUUGAAAACAAGUCGAACACAAAAACACACGUGCUAUGCUUAGGGACACCCUUACUUUGUUGGAAUCGGUACUAAGUAUCGUCUCAUGGUAAGAUGCCAUAGGAAUGCUUGAUACCAAAGGAUCAAGAUGUGCUGGAAUCGUUCCAUAGGAACAGCCAGCGGACGGGAAUUAGCGAACGAGCAACCCAAACAAACAAACUAGCUAAAAUCGAGAUUAGGUGAACUUCGUUUUGAAGGUCCUUAAAUGGAACAGACCAAUGGGGGGUUACGUUCGAUAUUGGGCACGAACCAGAAAAAAGUGCACCAAGAAAGGAGGUAUGUGUACAGUUGAGUACGAAAGGAAGCAAAUUUUCAAAUUAAGAAACAAUAAAAACCUGUAUAUGAAAAACGUUAAAGUUACACGUAUAAUAUAAAAUUA